AGCAAUUGUUCGACGAUCAGAACAUCCCCUUUCCAUUUCCUUUAUUCUUCCUUUUUUUCGCCCAUUCCAUUCUUUAUUCUUCUCUAGCCAAUGCUUACAUCGCUUUUGACGUGGGGUAUUGGAGCUUUGUUGACGGGCCAGGUGGCCUAUGCUGCUACUCUUGAGGGCAGUGCCAAUAUCACUCCUCAAGAUUAUUACGGUUUACCUGCUGCUGCUUUAGCCAAUAACCCGCCUGCUUGUGGAAUGCCUUACAACCAGCUGAAUUUGGCGCGUAUUACUGCUGUUCAGAACAUGCGUACUGACUCCACCUGCAACCUCUGUCUCAAAGUGAGCAGCAGCCAAACCGGCAAGAGCAUUUACGUGCUUGCUGUCGACAUGGGCGGUUCGGGUCUUGAUUUGAGUAUCCCUGCUUUUGAAUACCUGUUCAACCAGCGCUAUGAUGCCUCACCCGCCAAGUGGGAAACCGUAGAUGAUUCGUAUUGUACCGGCAUUUACACCCCUGGCAAGAAGAACCCUAAUCAAGGCAUUGACGCUGGAAGCGGUGGUUCCCAAACAUCGCCUGCCACAACCAAGACACCCACUACUACCAAGACUCAUGCUCCCAAGACGACUACCACUCAUCGCACCACCACCACCACCACCAGUGCCACUCCCACCACCACAAGCAAAUCAAAGACCAAGUCCAAGACAAAGACAAAGUCGGCCGCUAAACCAUCUUCUUCCGCCGAGCCCUGGAGGCCUAACAAUAACCACAAGCCUACUCCGUCCAAGGUUACGGAUUCUCCUCAUCCCACUAGCAAGAGCCACUCCAAAACAAAGACUCCAUCCACGCCGUCUGCCAGCCAUCAUGUCAAGCCUACUUCUCGUCCUCAUCGCCCCAGACCCCCUCACUAUAAGAAGGAUAAUGAUCGCAAGAAACACGCUGAUCAUCACCGAAGAAGAGACGACAGUGAUAACCACAAGCCUCGUCGUCAUCAUGGUCGCUAUAAUGGCAGAGACAUGAAGCAUCGUAGAAGACAGCAUCGUCGUGGUUUUUUCAAGAAAAGCUGGAUUCCCGCUUGGUAGAUCCGAUCCAUUAGAGCCAAUUUUUACUAGUUGUUGACUGGUUUCAGCAAUAAAUAAACAUUUAUCUUCAUUUUCGCGUCGAGUGAAAUGUUGAAUAGAGUGAUUAAAAUGCAUUUCAAUAUCUAUUUCUUACUGGUCUGACUGAAUCGAUAAUGAAUUGAAAUAUGAUGAAUAUAGAACGUCUUAUGAUAGGUAGAUUGGUCGAUUUAAAGAUGAUGAUUCGUAGGCAAUAACGAGGAUGAAAAAUCUAAAAGUACAAAAGACGAAGAAGGGGCGGGAAGAAGGAG